CCAGAGGAGGCGGGGCAGCAGCCGGGUCACACAGACACUCAGCGAUCAUCAUGGUGAAGGCGGUGUGCGUACUGCAGGGCUCCGGCGAGACUAAAGGCGUGGUGCACUUCGAGCAGGCUCAGGAAGGCGAUGAAGUUGUUAUAACAGGUAAUAUCACUGGACUGACUGAUGGGGAACAUGGAUUUCAUGUCCAUGUUUAUGGCGAUAACACUAAUGGCUGUAUGAGUGCAGGUCCACACUUCAACCCUCACGGCAAGAACCAUGGUGCCCCAGGAGAUGCUGACAGACACGUUGGAGACCUUGGAAAUGUCACCGCCAGUGGUGGAGUGGCUGAGUUUAAACUGACAGACAAGGUGAUAUCCCUGGCAGGGCCACACUCUAUCAUAGGACGCACAGUGGUGGUCCAUGAGAAACAGGAUGACCUGGGGAAAGGUGGGAACAGUGAAAGUCUGGUGACCGGAAACGCUGGAGGGCGUCUGGCCUGUGGAGUCGUUGGUUUCUGCCAGUAAAUCCAAAUCUCUAUGGGCUGGCAUUACCCAGUCAUAUCUCCUGCAGUUAUCCUGUUGUGCUGACCUGCACUUAGUGAUGUCACAGCUCCAGUUCUCAGCCACUAUUGCAUCAUUCUUUAUAUUAUAAAAUACUGUUGAAGCUGUUUUGCCACUUGUGAUUAUUUGCUGUAGGGAUUGUGACCAGUGUCUACUGGAUAAUGGUCUCAUUGUUAAAAGGUCUAGAAAAAAAAUAAUUGUUUUGGACUACAGGAAAAUUGAUUGAUAAAUCGCCAGUUUUCAAGCAUUCUAAAGAUGCGGCAAUGCACAAUUGCUGCAAUAUGAAUGAUCUAAUUAUCACUUUGCUUAGAAUUUCCUUCGGGGUAGCACCUGCUUCCAGGUGCUUGGUUAGACCAAUCCUGAUGCAUGUACAUGCUCUGAAUCUGAUGGGAUCCAUUCAUGCGAUUCCAGUAAAAUGACCAUUGAAGCUUCUAUUACUACCCAACAAGCUACCGGAGGUGCCCUGACAGUUGGACACGUGCAAACACUGUCUCUACAGCAGUAGUGUAUAAGAUCUGUAUAGUGAUCUGGCGCUGGUGGAGCAAUAUGUUAAAGAGGUGCAAUAAUAAACAUUUAUUACUUUA